AUGAACGGAGGCGUCCCUGCAACUUCGCAGCGCAUUAUCACGGGGCGGGGGCACCGCUUCGGGGGUCCCCUCCGACUUGGGGAGCCCGGGGCCGCCCCGAACCCGGAGGGGCGCGGGGGGACGACGGCGCUUUUCGGCCCCCCUCCCCCCGGUGCCGGUGCCGGCGGGGCGGGGCGGGGCGGCUCGAAGAUGGCCGCGGCGGGGGCGGUGGUGGCGGCGGCGGGGCCGGAAAAAGCGGCGGGGCAGGGAGGGGGCGUGGCCACCGCCGACACCGGGCCGCGCGCCGGAGCGCUCCCCCCCGCGCCGGGCCCGGCCCCGCGGCCGCCGCCGCCCCGCAUGGAGCCCGCGCCGCCGCCCGCCGCCUGCGCACUGCUGCUGCCGCCGCCCGCCGUCCGCCGCCGCCGCGCCCGCCGCCGCCUCCCGCCCGAGAACGACGCGGCCCCGCAGGCGUUGCCUGGGCACGGCGCGGGGCUGCCGGCGGCGCGGGGCUGGCUGCGGCGCCUGGGGGAACCGCUGGGACUGCAGCCCCCCGAGCAGGAGGCGGUGCUGAGGGUGUUGGACGCGGGGUUGGAGCGGUGCCUGGCGCUGCACGCAGCCUGCAUCCCCCUGCCGGGGCACAGGAAGCUCCCGGGCAAGGCAGGCAUCGAUGAAGUGAUGGCAGCCGCGGUGCUCACCAGCCUCUCCAGCAGCCCGCUGGGGCUCGGCCACCCCCCGGCACCCCCCGGCCCGGCAGAGCUUGGCAGUGAGAUCUGGAAGGAGACACCAGCCAUGUCCUUCAGCUGCAGCAGCAGCAGCAACACCAGCGGGGAAUGGAGCUGGGACCCCCCCAGUGACCGCUCCACCCCCUCCACCCCUUCGCCCCCACUCUCCAGCCAUGACCCCAGUGCCUUCUUGCCCACCUUGCCGCCAGACAAUGGCCCCGAGGAACCUGACAGCACCCACUUCAUGUUUGGAGAGCCCAUCCCGCGGAAGAGGAAGAACUCCACCAAGGUGAUGUUCAAGUGCUUGUGGAAGAGCUGCGGCAAAGUCCUCAGCAGCUCCUCAGGGAUGCAGAAGCACAUCCGAACCGCACACCUGGGCCGCCAAGCCGACCUGGAGCAGAGUGAUGGCGAGGAGGACUUCUACUACACGGAGCUGGACGUGGACGUGGACUCGCUGACGGAUGGGCUCUCCAGCCUGACGCCCGUCUCGCCCACCUCCUCAGUGCCGCCCGCCUUCCCCGGCCCCGAGCUGCCGCCCUUCCCCAGCCCCGAGCCCCCUCUGGGCUCCCCCCGCAGCCCCCCGCCACCCCCCGGCCUCUGCCACGUCCACACCGACCACGCGUACCAGGGCUGCCCCGCAGGGCCCGCAGGUGGGGAGAAGCGGCCCCCGGGGCCCCCCGGGCCGAGGACGGCGGCGCUGCCCACCCCGGCGCUGCCCAAACCGCCCGCUGUGCCCAGGAAGCCCCGGGGGGAGGCCAAGAAGUGCCGCAAGGUGUACGGCAUGGAGAACCGGGAGCUGUGGUGCACGGCGUGCCGCUGGAAGAAGGCCUGCCAGCGCUUCCUCGACUGAGCCCCGCCGCCGUGCCCCCCCAGCUCUCCUUCUUGCACAUUUUGCACUUGAGGUGCCUUCGCGCCCCCCCACCCCACACACACACACACACACACACACACACACACGCGCGCUCCCCCCGGGGCUGGACUCAGGGAACAGCCCCCACACUGUUGGGGGGAGGACUGUGGGGUGGGGGGGGGAUCCAUGCACAGCUGGGCCUGGCCCUGCCUUUAUUCCCCCCCCCAGCUUUAUGCACACAGCCCCCCCCGCGCCAUCACAGAGCUUCCCCCCCCCUUUCUUUAUCCUCGGAAAAUAAGCUAACCCUCUCCGUGCCCCCCACCCCUUGCCUGCAGCCCAUAUCCCUGCUGGGGGGGCCGUGUGCUGCUGGGAUAAGCUGUGCCUGGGGGGUGCAGGGGGGCAGGGGGGAGUUGCUGCCUGCCCUCGCCUUAACCAGGGGCUGACGGGCACACGCGCUGUGCCCCCCCUGCGCCCCGCGGGGGUUUUUACUCUUCGUAGCGUGUAUUUCUCUCUAUGUUUUGUACCUGGGGAGCAGCCGCUCCCGCCGGGGGCCGCGCUCCGGGAAGUGCCUGCAGAACGCGCCCAUUUGCACUAAGCCAAACUGCACAAAGACCUUUUCUGGUUUGUUUUGUUUUGUUUAUUAUUUUUUUUUCCCUCCGUUUUUUUUUUUUCCUUUUUUUCCCCCCCUCUCCUUCGCGUGUUUUUAUUUUUUAAAUGAAAUAUAUGAAAAUUCCUAUUUUUUAAAUACUCCCCCCUCCCCACCCCCCCCCCCAACACACCCCCACUGGGCUGCAAUGCCUUCAGCCCGGGGGGCUUUGGGGGCUUCUUGGCCUUUGUCCCUCUCCUGUCCCCUCCCCAUCCCCGCGUCCCCUCCCCAGGCGCAGUCCCGCUCCCCUUUGCCUGGGAUGUGGGGGUCCCCCCACGUUGGGUGCCCCCGGAAUGGGGUUGGGGAGGUGCUGGGAUGGGCCGGAUCCAUGAGAAAAAUAAAAGAUUUGGAUUCUUUUUGUUUUUUAAA